AUGUUAAUACGUGGUAUAUGGUUAUUUGGUAUAGACAAAAAUGGUGAACUUCAACUUAUAUUAAGCCGGAGAUAUGAAUCUGUCGAAUAUAGAAUAUCUAGAAUUCUAGGUGAAUUCUAUACUAAUUUACCAGUUGAUAAAACAAUAAAAGAUUGGUUUAUAACUGAAGUAUUAUAUGAAGAAAUAGCACCUUUUACUGCAUCAAGAAUACCACCUAUAUUCCAAUGUGAUAUAGCAAAUGGUGUCUUUAAAUUAAAAGAAACUGAGAGAUUAAAUAAAUCAAUAAAUGAUAAUUUAGAAAAUGUAUUAAAUAUAUCACAUGAAGAAUUAUUAUUUUAUAUGGUUAAAGAAGAUAAUAAAAUAAUAUGGCCAUUUAUUUAUUCAUUUAGAAAUGGCUAUUUUAUAUUAAUAUGUAUAUCUUUAGCCGAAAGUUUUUCUUUGAAUAAAACACUUUUAGAAGAUUAUAAAAUAUAUUGUAAAUCUUUAAAUAUCAAUAAUAAUAAAUUUAUUAUGGAUUUUUUUGAAAUUAGAAGUUGCAUACAAUUUCUAGAUGAUUUGUUUGAUAUUCUAAAUUUAGAUAAGAUUUCAGGUAGAAUAACAAGAACAGAAAUACUUGAAACAUGGAGAUUAAUGUUUCCAUUUGGUCGUCCUAUAAUUAAUAAAGAGUAUUUACAAACUUUAAGAGUAGAAGAUCUUUCAAUACCUAAAAAUAUGAUAAACUUAUUACUUGAAGGUAAUAAGAGUAGUAUAAAUCAUAUGCCAUAUAAAAUAAAUGAAGAUAAAAUAGAUGAAAUAUCUAAAAAUAGUAGUAAUAAUAUUAUUAAUAUAGAAUAUAAUAAUAAUAAUAAUUUAAUAAUAAAAAAUAAACAAACAAAUUGGAUUCAUGGUAAUAUAAAAUUAAUUAAAAGUUUUAAUAAUAAAAAUAAAAUAAAUACUAUUUCUAAUAUAAAGAAUAAUAUAGAUGGAAUAAAUGAUAUAAUUGGUAUUUCUAAUAUAAUUAAUUUUAAUAAAUUAUCAUCAAUAAAUAUAACUAAAAAAUCUUCAGAUUCAAUAAAUACAAAUUUAUAUACAUCAUAUUCAUUAAAAUUAGAAAUUUUUGAAAAUAUAUGUUGUUUUAUUAAAGAUCAUCCAUUAAUUACGAAAAUUAAUCCUUAUUAUGGAUAUAAAUAUUCAGAUGAAAAUAUAUUUGAAAAUUUGUCAGAUAAUAUGAAAUCACAAUAUACUAAUUUUGUAUUAGGUAAAUUUGAAUGGUAUAGUACAUUACCCUCUUCUAUAAAUAUAUCUUGUGAAAUAUUAUUACCAUGGCAAAAAAUAUAUAAUUAUAAUAAUUCUAAUGAAUUACAAUUACAAUAUAAAUAUAUUGAACCAUAUAUUCUUGUAAAUAAUAAUAUAACAUGUACUAAAAUAUCUACAGAAUUUAUUAAUAAUAAUGGAGAUAUUAUUAAUUCAAAUCAAAAAAAUUCUAAUUCAUGUAUAAUUAAUUGUCAAUCUUGUAAUAUUAAGCCAAUUUCACGUUUUAAAUUACAAUGGAAUUCUAAUCAAUAUAAUAAUUCUACAAUUUGUUAUUAUUGGUAUCCAUAUCAAAAUAAAUUACCAAUUAAAGGAUAUUUUUCAAUAUAUUCUGAAACUGAAAAACCUAUAAAACAAAUAACUCAAGCUCAUAAUCAUUUUAAACCUAUAUUAUUACAUACUUUCUUAUUUGAAUAUUGUUUAUGUUUUUAUCCAAAUAUUAUUUUAGGAAUGGAAUUUUGUCAAAUAUCUAUACCUUUAUUACCUAGUAUUAUACGUAAUAAGAAUUUAUAUAAUAUACCAAAUUUAACUAUUAAUAGCCAUACAUUGAAAUGUACUAUGGGUUAUUUAAAUAUAUCAUCAGAUAAAAAAUCUAUUUUAUGGACUAUUGAUAAUCCAUCUGAGAUAAUUGGAUCAAAAUUAAGAAAUGAUGAUAAUUCUAUUAUUCAAACAAGAUUAUAUGGUAGUAUUACUAUUCGUAUAUUAUAUAAAUCUAAAACAAAAAAUAAAGAUUUAAAUAUAAUCAAAAAUAAUAAUAUUAUAUCAUCAUAUUGUAUGAAUAUAGGGAUUAAUAUUGGAAAACCAUUAUAUAAAGAAGAAUCUUUAUAUAUAGCACCAAAUUCAUUUGAUAUUGGAAUACAUUCUUUAUUUAAUUAUUCAAUGCAAGAUAUUGAUCCUAUAUGGCUUCUUGAAUUACAUCCUAGAAUUAUUAAAUUUUUAAAAAAUCUUUCAAAAUAUCCAAAAAGAGAUAUUUAUUCACAAUUAAUAGAUAUAAUAUUCUCAUACUCACUUAUAACAUUUAGUGUAAUUAAUCAAGAUCAUACAUUUAAUGGUAUUAAAAUACCACAUGAAUCAAUUACUAUUAAUCCUAAAGUAUUACAAUCUGAAAAGAUUAAUAUUAUUACUAAUGCUGGAAAAUAUAUUAUAUGGAGAAAUUUCUAA